UAUUUUGCCUUUGGUAUUUUACAGGGCUGUAUCGAUAACAGCUAACAGAUAACGAUUGUUAUUGUCAUACAAGCGUGUGUGUGUUGCCGCAAAAUUUAUCCGAAUUGCAAAGGAAAAAAAAAUUGGAGAACUUUAAAACUAAAAACAUAACUUGGAACCGGCAGGCCUUUAUUUAAUGCUAAAGGAACAUAUUUGUUGCUCGAAAGCUGCGAAUGUCUUUUGUGGUUUGAUUUGAGAGAUGGCCGAUGCGAAUUUAAAAUACAAUAUUGAUAUGAUGAAUGUAUCAUCAGAGGACGAAUCCAGUGCAUUAAAUUUGAGCCCAAUGAGCUCCCCGCCAUUGCGUAGCUUGACCGCCCGAUCACGCUUCAGUUCGAGCUUAAGCUUCAACUGCAUCACAACACUCGGGCUCUCCAGCUUCCUGACGAGAAGACUCGGCGCACCCGGCAACUCACACCCACUCGUCGAUAUUUCCCAGGUGGAGGCUGAUAUAGAACGCAUAAAUCGCUACUGUUCGGAAGUUGUCUCCAACAUUAGCCCUGAUACCAGGGGGUCACGAAACUCGACAGCAAGGAUGGGCCUCCAUAAUUGUCGCUGUGCAGCGCCAGUGGAGGUAAUAGAUUUGUCGAACGUGCACGAUUCACAUCCUAGAUUUGCAGCGAAUCGUGUGCCAGAGGCAGUGAUCGACUUGUGUACUCCGAACAGACCAAGUAUCCCAAUAGAAACAAUUGAUUUGGAUGCCUCUGAUAUUGUCCCUACUAAUCGGCGUCGUAACCAUGCUAGCUCCAGUACUCCCACUACAGCUGGUGCUACGUCGGCUGUCGACGACAGCGGUCCAUCGAGUCCGAAGCGCAAGCCCGACGCCCAAAACGUGUCUACGGAUGAUGUCUACAAGUGUCCCGUUUGUUUGGAAAGCGUACGCCAACGAGAGCCAUAUUCGACCAAAUGUGGCCACGUUUUUUGUCGCGAGUGCAUCCAAACUGCCAUACGCACCACACGCAAAUGUCCAAUGUGUAACAAGAAAUUGAACUUACGCCAGACAUCGCGUAUUUAUUUGUAAGCCUGUAUUUUUUAGCUUUAGCUUUUACUUCGUUUUGUUUUUGGAUUUUCGGAAUCGGACGCAGCUCCGAAUUUCUUCCAUAAUAAAUUACACGUUCUGAGCACAGCUGAGCAGAUCAUAGUAGGCCUGGAUGUGCAUCUGUUAUUUGGCUAAUACAAUGUCAGUGUGGGGACACAAUUCCUGUUCAGUUGUUGGAAAAACUUCAGACAGCAAAGUUGUCAAAAGUGUUCGUGCGGUGAAAAACUAAAAUAAUUAAUUGAUUAAAAUGAGUGACGAUCAGCUAAAUUCAGAUUUUGGAUCGUUUUUGCCAGACGGAGAAGCCGAGUAUGGUGUUGUAAGGCGGGAGUUGGAGGAAAUUGCUCCUGGUCUGGCUGGCCUUAUUGAAGGGAAUAUAAUUGCAGGAACUAAUGGAAGUAGCGGCCUAACCGAUCCUUCGAUAUUGGCUUAUGUGGUACAUGGUUCCGAGAACGAGUCCACUGAAGGGGUGACGGAAUCUGUGUCGCCGCUUGGUAUCAACAUUUAUGUUGUCAAUGAAACCGAAAGUGGCACACCCGUGUCUAUGGAUAUUAUAAGUGGUCACAGCGCCAUUAUUAAAACCGGCACCAGAAAUGUAAUCGUACCGUUGCACGCGGCCCAUAGCUCUGAUUCGGUUAUCGUGAAGAUCCAUCAGACAACCCCGGCUACUCGUUUGCCCACUACGGCUGACGAUUCGGAGUGCCAGUACCGUUGCCCAAUAUGCUUUCGCGACGUCAAAGAACUAGAGAGUCUGCGGGCCAACCUUUGCGGCCACAUAUGUUGCGGCUCUUGCCUCAAAACGGCCAUGGAAAUCCGUCCCCACUGCCCCAUUUGUGGCAAUCCAGGUGACUUUAGCGAGUCCAUAAAUUUGCUCUUCUAAGAUGGCAAACAGGCGCUUUGUAGCCCCAUUUGAAUGGUAUUGGAGGGACUAGCUUAUCAUUUAAUUUGCUUGUAAAGAUACGGCCGAUAAAAGCCAACCACUGUUUAAUUAUUAAAUAUAUAUCCUUGUGUCUUGGCACUAAU